GUGAUUUGCUCAUUCUAUCCAACGGUUUUGAAGGCCCUUCAAGCAAAGUUUGAAAGGAUGCUUCUUUCAACACUCCCAUUGUACUAAGUAGCCUAAGAAUCUACACUUCUCCUCUAGUUAUUUGAAUAUAAUGUCUUUAUUGACCUUCGAAUUGGGAACUUUCAGAUAUCCUGCAAUAAACCGCUUCCUUCAACUUGCUUCUUUAUUCAACAUUCUUUUGUCAAGUUAUGCUCGGGAUGUUGUACUGUUUCUAGUUAGACUUGGCUUAUUCCGUGAAAAUUGCACUAUUAUCCAACAUCCCAAAAAAAUGAACAACAAGAAUGGGUUACGCGAUUUGGAUCUUGACUAUAUUAUUAGUGAACAAAGUAGCCAUCUUCCAGAAAGAAACAUGUGUCUUGAGUCUUUAAACUGCAAAUACUUAUCAGGAUGUGGUAUCGAUAUUUUCACAAAGAAAUAAACAUCACUUGUCGUUGAGAGCUUGAUUCAAACCUCCGUGUCAACCUUAUUCAAUAUCAUCGCUAUGAAACUUUGAUCCUAUACCUUUUGAAAUAUGGUGAAAAAAGUGUCCUAUCUUGGGUUAAAGGCAUGAUGGUAACGAUAUCCAUGAAAAAGUGAACAAAGAAAAGUCCCACAAUCCUGCAAACAACUUUAUCUUGGAGUUGAGCUGGUCUUCUGGAGACUUUGACUUUCUUUCACGCUAAACUGCGGUACUUCCAGUUUGAUAAGAGUCCUUUCCAGACACACAAAUAAAUGUGUGGAAAAUUGUAGGCUAUGUAAUUAACAAAAACACGGAUUCUUAACAACAGCUUAGAAUAACAAUUCUGCGGGUAGAAUUAUUCUGAAACAACACUCGUCCAAACUAAAACUCAGUGACGAUCGGGAACCUUCCACUUGGCUAUCGUCUCGAAAACACAAACAAAGAGCAGAAACUAAACAAGAAUAGUUUCUUCAGAAAACGCUUCAAAGUUAGAGUUGAAUUGGCACGAUCUAAAACACACUAUUUACUAUGUUAGAUUCAAGCAUACAGGAGGAAUAGAUGAACUGUUACGAAAGGUGCGAAUCCCAGCUUGGAAGGCACAAAAACCCGUGGAGAACUUAAAGAUACUCUGUUUCCUUGCAUU